CUCAGCUUCAGCUUCAAUCACUGCGCGGUUGCCUCUAUUAUCUUUUACCCAUCAAGUGCACAAUUGUUCGAUCGGCACCUGAAUAGUCGCGACUCACAUACAUGGGUUGACACUCAUGCGCACUCCCUCAUGAACCCCUCCUUACGUCCUGUCGAUGGAUCAUAGAACCCCGCCACUGCGACCGACGGACCAUGAAUACAAGCCCACCGAGCAUUCUGCCCGGCUACGGGCAGAUGAACGGAACCCCCCGACCCCAAUUUCGCUCUAGCUACGACUCCCCUGCCUCAGGCUCUUCGUCCUCUGCUGCUCCCAAGACUGGGAAGGCUGGAAGCCGUCAAAUCACCCGCAAUCGCGCCAGCUACAGCUGCCACACUUGUCGGAGGCGAAAGGUCAAAUGCGACAAGGUCCACCCGAUUUGCGGCAACUGCGUGAAAAACGGUACCGAAUGUGUCUACGAUGCGGCGCCACAGAAGGAUACGGAGUCGCGCUCGAGCAUAUCGAAGAACGGACAUGGCGUCAAGCGGAGGAGGGAGUCGUCGCGACCAAUCGAGGAGGAUAUUGAUGAUAUACAAUCCAUAUACGGUCAUUUGAAGCAAAGUGGAGCUUCCGAGCAACGGUCGCAAGCCAUUGAGGCGCGUUUGGACAAACUCACCUCGAUGAUCGAGAGGCUGAGCAAGACGAACCAGCCGCUGGAUGUCGCAGGAAAGCAACGGCUGGCUCCAAAUGUGAAACUCGAGCCGGCUGAGGGUGAUCCUCGUUUGAGCAAUAUUGCGGCCUUGAAGCCGGCUGCUGGUUCCCGCUCGGAUAGUCCGCGUCGCGCAGCUGAGUCUAGUGGCGAUGAAUUUCCUAUACCCGCGGGCCAUGCUACUGAUUUGGUGGAUCCCGUGGGGAGCUUGAAUCUUGGCCAUCUGAGCUUGGAGGAUGGAGGGCGAUCAAGAUACGUCGGGACGACUUAUUGGGCUUAUAUUUCUCAUGAGAUAAAUGAGCUCAAUCAGUUGCUCAGGGAUCAGAAUCGAUCGCACAACGAACCAGCCUUCAAUGAGAGCCCCGUUGACGAUGCUGGAACGGAACCUAUGGUUACAACACCGGGACGCCAAUGGAAAGAGUCGGCUGACGGUGUCAGCGAGCCCGCCGAGAAGCUUAGCAGAGUACAGACAUUCCAGAAGUCUGUUUUGUUUCCGUCAAGCGAAUCACCUUCCGUGAAUGACAAGAUAGUGGAGCCAGAAAUGCUUGAGAAUAUGCCGACAAAACGACAGAGCCAUAUCCUGUACAAAGGAUUCAUGUCUGGCAUACACGCCAUUACCCCAGUUGUGCACCCGCCUACCAUCCUGAAGCUUUACAACUCUUUCUGGGAUUGGUAUGAUUCAAGCAGCUACUCUGGGGAGUCUUGCCCUGACCCAUCCUUCAUCCCUUUGCUUUAUGCCAUCUGGUAUGGCGGUUCCGUCACUGUCUCAAUACGAACAAUCAAGGCUGAGUUCAACGUGACAUCCCGCUCAGGUCUGUCUAAGGCAUAUAGUGAGGAGGUAACGCGCUGGCUAUCCAAGAUAUCGUUCCCUCGCAGUCCGUCCAUGCAAGGUUUAUCUGCAUAUCUGCUGGUCCAGACCAUCCUUUCCAAGGAGGAAGAGCCUCUGACUAGUAGUCUCUUCAUCAGUCUUGCCAUGAGGGUGGCUCAGACUAUGGGUUUGCAUCGGGAUCCUGCUAAGUUUGGCAUUGGCCCCAGUGACGCAGAAUACCGUCGCCGUAUAUGGUGGCACAUUGUACACAUGGACGGUGUGGUGGCCAUGUCUAGCGGUCUACCUCCCCUGGUCAGUGAUGAGAACUACUGGGAUGUUCGCGAGACCAGCGAGGUUAAAGACACGCUUCUUGGAACUCCCGCUGCUGAGAAAUAUGAGAGACUUGUCAUGACCGGCAUGAGGCCACCGGAUAACCCCGAUGACCCAACCGUAUGUGGAGGACCUUCUAUGGUUAACGUGUACUACCUAUCGGCCAAGGGCAAGUAUACGAUGGCUCGCGCCGUUCGCCGGAUCAUGAAGAUCCAGCUUGGUACAAAACCCGUCACGCGAAGGGACAUGGAGGAGCUGAGGUCGAUAUUGGUCGAUCUGCAGUACAAGCUGAACUCUAUUAUCAACCGGAUACCAGAAGCAAACUCGCUCGAUACUUCGUCUCCAGUGUCAUCUACUAGAUCAUGGUCUUUAUCCUCACAAGCGGAUUCUCGCACCGAACUGCCGGCGGAUGGGCCCAAUGGAUGUGCAGAGCAAUACCAUUCGCCUGUCCUUGUAUCCUUCCACAAAUGGGCUAGGAUCCUCAUGUCUCUUUUCAUCGAUAAAGCUUUUUGCGUCGCUUAUCAGCCUUUCCUGAAGAACGCCAAAAGUCGAAUCUGGCCGGCUGCAAGACAGAGCGCACUCCGCCACUGUCACGGAUUCAUGGAGAAGUUUGUCUCACUCGCAACCGACCCCGACUUCCAACCCUUCCAAUGGAGUUGGCCCGGCAAUCACCAACCGAUGCACGCGACCAUGAUCAUGCUCAUCGACCUCUACGAACGACCCUACAGCCCAGAGGCCCCCAAAUCCCGCGCCUACAUCGACAAGAUCUUCUCCAUGACAGGCCCCGACGGCGGCGUCGUCGGCGGCGAAGACGGCGUCUCAACCCAACGACCCCUGAAAGACGGCGGCCGCGAAGCAUGGGACAUGAUCCGACGCCUACGCCAAAAAGCAUGGCAAAAAGCCGGCCUGGAUCCUCACAGACUAUGGUCCGAACAAGCCCAGAUCCAAGCAGGCGUCACCUCUCUCCCCGAAGAUUACGCCAACAACGACCCCUGCUACACCAGCGGCAGUCCCUCCCCCUCAACCUAUCCUCCUCCCGUCACCACCCGCCGCCAACUCAACGACUUCUCCAAAAUGUUCUACAACAUGACUCGCUCCCAUCAACUCCCCAACCCAGCUACCACUAAUACUAACUCCCGUCCAAGCCCUCUCCGCUAUCAACUCCCCCCUCCAGCCCCUACGCCCAUCCUCCCAAGCCCGCAAUCAAGAACCGUCCCUCCUCCAUUCCCUCAAUCCCCAACACCCCCCAAGUACCCCAUGGACACUACAGCCACCACCACCUCCCCCCUGGCCAGCGGCUCCCCCAUCUCUUCCCCCGAAAGCAUCGCCCCCUUGAACCCUAACAUCUUCGCCAGUACCUUCAACAACACCCCGCAGCAAGCACCACAACUACCAACUAAUACCCCCCCUCCUCCUCCUGCUCUACAAGCAGCUCCUCUUCCUUCCUUCAUGGACACAGCCAUCUCACCCACCAGCCAACCCAUCCCGGGGGCCCCCACACCGCCCUCAAUGGUGGAUCCGAACUUAAACUUCGAUUGGGACCAGUGGGACGCUGUCUUCGGGCAGCAUCUGCCGGUGGCGGAUGAGUUGAUGGAGUUGGAUCCGGUCACGGGAUUCGAGUUUGGGGAUUUGAGCAGUGCGGCUUAUGCUAAUGCUGCUGCUUCGCCUUCGAGGAUGGGGCUUGGUGGUGGUGGUGUGGGGAGGGGUAGUUUUGGGAAUGUUGGUAGUGGUAGUGGUGGUGGUGGUAAUGAGGUUGGGAUGGGGGAGGUGAGGGGGGCUGAUUGGGUUGGUUACUGUUAAUUUACUUAGUACUUAAUGUAUGUCUAAUUGGAGGUGUUUGGUUGGUUGGUUGGAGGGUAUAAAUUCAGUUCUCGAUUAUUGUGUAUAUAGCGGUUCUAGUCUUCUACUUUUUUGAUUGAACUCAUCUUUGAGGUUGAGAUCUACUUUUACAACUGGAUUCAGUGUCUUGAGGUUGGAAGAUGAUUAUGUGUCAAACGGAAGAACCGCUAGACGAUGG